AAAGGAAUUAAGAUAUAUUAUAUCAAGGAACAAAUUUCCCAUGAGUAAUGUGAUCUUUUUGUAUGGCAAACGUACUCAUUAAAAUACAUAAAUAAACAUUGUAGUAGAACUAGUCACAAUUUAUGUAUAAUAAAAUUUUGGACAUUUCUCUUUAUUUUGGAAAAAAAUUAAAAUUUCUGGCUUCUCGUAUUCUGUUUGAUCGCUACCUUGGAGUGAGUCACCCUGGACCACAGGGGCACUGUGAAAGUCAUUUGUAAUCUCAGCAAAGUGUUUAACCUUCUGAGACUGAGUUCCUUUGCAAACUGGUGAAGCUGGUUUAUUCCCUGUCCUGCUUUCCUCUUGCUUCUUUUGCAGGAAGUUGUUUGUAUAAAAAGAAAAUUACCAUAAGGAUAUAUUUUCAUGAUUUAACCCCCAAAGAUUAUGAUUUUCUUAGAAACUGAGCAGAGAGAAUGGUUAUAUAUAAAGAAGCAAAGGAUAAUUUAAAAGUAAAAUGCUUAUUUUACAUUUAACAUAAGUAUGUAUAAAGAUCCAGAGAGUAAUGGUGCAGGUUAGCAAAUGAAUGUUUGAAAAUUCCAGUCCAUUUUCCUGAAAUAAGACACUGAAGCUCUGUCAUAUGUGCAGAACUGUAAGACAAGAUGGGUCGUAAGUCUGAGUAAUGGCUUAUAAUUUAGAAACAGCAUGUCUCGGUUACAAAUCCAGUCAUAAACACAGGUGGGUCAUUAAACAAGGAAUAUCUGUGUUGGCUUCAGUGUUUCUGCCUAGAAUAUUGUUGAGUAUUUUCUGAAGUGCUGGUUGAGCAUUCAUAUGUCUCUUGAGGUGGUCUUUUUCAUAAAUGUCCUUCUUUACCUGUCUGUUGCGAAGGAGCUUUACUAGAAGGCAGUGACAUUUGAGGAUGUGGCUGUGAACUUCACCAUGGAGGAGUGGAUUUUGUUGGAAGCAUACCAGAAGGAGCUCUACAGAGAUGUGAUGUGGGAAAACUUUAGGAAUGUGACUGCUGUAGGAGAAAACUGGGAUGAUCAGCAAAUUGAAGAUGAAUACAAAAGUUUCAGGAAGAAUCUAAGAAGUGUAGAAGUAGAUAAAUGCUCUCAAAAUAAAUUAUGGCAUCAACAUGGAGAAAUGGUUUUUAUGACUCCAGAUACAAAUGUGCACAUGAAAUUGCUUGAUACAAAGCCAGGAGAAAGUCUUGCAGGUGAAAAGUCUCUGAUUGGUCAUUCAUCACCAACCGUGCCCAUCUUACGUAACACUGGACUCAAAUCAUAUGAGCUGCUUGAAUUUGAACAGAAGCUGUGUAACUGUAACAAGCACGGGAAAACUUCCACUGACUUUCAGUCCUUGCAGAAACGUGCAAAGACAAAUCCUGAAGAAAAACCAUAUGGAUGUAAGCAAUGUGAAGAAUCCUACUCUGAUUGCAAUAAAGGAAGCAACAAUGAAGAGAAAGUCUUUAUGUACAAGCAGGAUGACAGAGCCUUCAGUACACCCAAAGAUGUUGAAAUUCAGGAAAGAAAUCACAGAAAGGUGACCUAUAUAUGUAUACAACAUGCAAAAAGUUCAAAUUCUUACGAAUAUAUUCACAAACUUGAAAGAGCUCUCACUGGGGCAAAAUCACACAUAUAUAAACACAGUUGGAAAUCAUUAAAGAGUAGCACUUCGUUUGGUAAACAUGAGAGAAGUGACACUGGAGGAAAACUCUAUGUAUGUAAACAAUGUGGGAAAUCUUUCAGAAUACAGAAACACUGUCAAAGACAUGAACAAACUCACACUGUGGAGAAGCCUUAUGUAUGCAAACAGUGUGGGAAAGCUUUCAGUACCCACAGUUACUGUCAAACACAUGAAAUGACUCACAGUGGGGAAAAACCUUAUGUAUGUGAGCAGUGUGGGAAAGCCUUCACCAGAUACAGUGAAUGUAAAAGGCAUGAGAGGAGUCACACUGAGGAGAAACCUUAUGUGUGCAAGCAGUGUGGGAAAGGUUUCAUGACACCCAGUCAUUGUAAAGCACACGAAAUGAUUCACACUGCGGAGAAACCCUAUGUGUGUAAACAAUGUGGGAAAGCUUUCAGCACACACAGUUAUUGUCAAAAGCAUGAAAGGACCCACACUGGGGAGAAACCUUAUGUAUGUAAGCAAUGUGGGAAAGCUUUCAGAACACACAGUUACUGUCUAAUACAUGAAAGUACCCACACUGGGGAGAAACCCUAUGUAUGUAAGCAGUGUGGGAAAGCUUUCAGCAAACUCAGUAUAUAUAAAAGCCAUGAAAAGACUCACAGUGGGGAAAAGCCAUAUGCAUGUAAGCAGUGUGGGAAAGCUUUUGCCAGAAACACUCAUUGUCAAGAACAUGAAAGGACUCAUACUGGAGAGAAGCCCUAUGUAUGUAAAUGUUGCAGGAAGAAUUUCAGCACUCGCAUCUAUUGUCAGAGACAUGAAAGGGCCCACGCUGGGGAGAAACCUUAUGUAUGCAAGCAGUGUGGGAAAGGUUUCAUGACACACAGUUACUGUAAAACACAUGAAAUGACUCACACUGGGGAGAAACCCUAUGUAUGUAAGCAGUGUGGGAAAGCUUUCAGCAAACGCAGUAUAUGUAAAAGUCACGAAAGGAUUCACAGUGGGGAAAAGCCAUAUGUAUGUAAGCAGUGUGGGAAAGCUUUUGCCAGAAACACUCAUUGUCAAGAACAUGAAAGGACUCACACUGGGGAGAAGCCCUAUGUAUGUAAAUGUUGUGGAAAGGGUUUUAGCACUCGCAUCUAUUGUCAGAGACAUGAAAGGGCCCAUGCUGGGGAGAAACCUUAUGUGUGUAAGCAGUGUGGGAAAGCUUUCACUAGAAACAGUCAUUGUCAAGAACAUGAAAGGAUUCACACUGGGGAGAAGCCCUAUGUAUGUAAAUGGUGUGGGAAGAGUUUCAGCACUCGCAUCUACUGUCAGAGACAUGAAAAGGCCCACAGUGGGGAGCAGUGUGGGAAAGAUUUCAUGACACCCAGUCAUUGUAAAACACAUGAAAUGACUCAUACUGGGGAGAAACUCCUAUGUAUAUAAGUAAUGUUGGAAAGCUGUUAGUACACAACAAUUUUCAGAAUCAUGAAAGGAAUCACAGAGUGUUAAAAUCCUGUGUAAACAAUAUGGAAAAGCCUUUAUUUACUCUAGUAAUAAUCACAGACAUUUAAAAACUUUAGAGAGAAAACCCUUGCAUUUUUCCACUUACCUUGAAAAUCAUGAAAGAAUUUUCACUGAAGAGAAAUCCUGUGUAAAUAAUGUGUGAAAAUUUUGUAUGCUUGUCAUGACAAAACGUGCAUAAAUUCAAAUGUAAGAAAGCUAAGAAUCAGAAUAACAGAGACCAGUAUAGUUGUGUUAGGAAUGAGAUACACUAUGUCAGAGCACACAUGCAGAAACAGUCUUCAAAUAUAUUUAUGGAUUAAUGCAUUGAUGACUUUGGUAACUGACAAAUAAUGUUAAGUUCAGAAUAACAAAGCACAUUUACAUCCAAGUAUUUAGCACAUGGCCUUUAAGGGACAUUUUACAUGCAAACCAUCACUUUAGUUUGCAUGGGUAAAGUGAAAUUUUUUAUUCAUACUAGGAAACUUUACUGAGUCAUAAAAGAAAGGAAAGCAUUUGUGACAAUGUAGAUUAACCAGGAGGUCAUUAUAUAAAAUAAGCUGCGAACAGACAAAUGAAAGCUUGAUUGUAUUGUUUUUGGCAUCUAAACUUGACAACUUCAAACUAUCAAACAAACAGUUUAGUAAUGGUUGCCACAUAUGUGGUGGGGAAGUUGAGAGAUUUUAAUGAGAAAGCACAGUGUUUCCCUUAUAGAGCAGAAAAUGGCAUAAAUCCCACAGUGACUAUGGUGAUUGAUGCAGUGACACACCGCAUCACAAUAUGCUAAAAAUAGUUUGUAGGGUUUCCUGCAUAUGUGAGGAAAGUAAUUGUGUUACAUGAUGUGAAUGCUACCAAGGAAGAAUGUGGUAACUUCACAAUAUAAACAGGAACAGACUGCACUGUACACUCGCAAUAUAUGAUUUGGUUAUUUUUUUUGUUUGUUUAAUGAAUGAAUACAAUUAAAGUUAGCAAGUAACAUGAUGAUAGUUUCAUGAUAUGUCCAAGGAAUCUCUCCUUUCUUCAAUUUUUAGGAAAUAGGAAAAAGGGGAUAUAAAAAGAUAUGGUGUCAGAUACCAACUCCCUACAAUGAUUGCAAACUUUAUGUCACAAACAUGAACUAAAUAAUGAUAAUUAUAUGAAUAAUGAUGAGAUGAAAUGGAAAAGGGAAUCUGGAACUGAAGGGAAGAUGGUGGGUGAGGAGGGGAAGGGAAAUAUAAAAAUCAAAGUGUUAAAUACAUACAUCUGCUCCCUAAAUGAACAUGCACUUCAAAUAUGUAUUAAUUUAAAAGAUUAAUACUUAAGUAUUUAGAGAUAUUUCUUACUUUUUCUGCUUCCUAAGGAUUUAUCAGUAGAUGUACUGAAAAUAUUAUGUAAAGGUACUUUUGGGUAUCUGGGAACCAACCUUCAUGUUGCAGAUUUCUUUGAUUUUUUAAUUCCCAUGAGAACAUUUUAUCUUCAUCAUAGGCUCCAAAUAAAUGUAUUGACACUGACUAAUUUAAGCAGCAA